GCCUUUUGCCCGAAGACUGCUGGGAUAGGCUCCAGCAUCCCCCGCGACCCUGACGGAGAAGCGGCUUAGAAAAUGGAUGGAUGGAUGGAUAUUUUUAAGUAGAAUGCUACAGCUUUGUUGAAUACUAAGCUGUUAAUCUUCAUAAUAUAUUUUUUUAAGAUAAGGCUGGUUUUCCACAAGAAUUUUUUGAAAACACUUUAGUGAUGAAAUGUUGGGAAAAACAGCUUUGGUAAGACAUUCUCCCCGUCUUUCUCACCCUAAAACCUGUAUUGUUACACUGCAAGUAGUUUUGAAGCUGCAUCAUUAUGGUCACAUAUUCUGUAUUUACUCUUAUUAACAAUAUUUUGCUACUCUGCAAAAGCUUUUAAUAUAAGUGAGUUUUGAAUCAACAGGGAUUUCAGUGGUAAUCAACAGCACAAUACAGAUGCAGAAAAUUAAGAUCAGGUUGAAAAAUGCCAGAGCAUUCCUUUAGGGUCUUGGAAAUCUGUAAUCAGUAUUAUUUGUCACCUGCUUACAGUACAAUACUUGAACUAAUUGCCAAUUAGAUAAAAAAAACAAAUAAAAAAACUAUUAUAUUAAAGACAUUGUAUUUGAGCUGAACAGAGGGGUGUUUUACAUCAGACAGUUACUGAAGGCAAAAGAAGUCAGAAAAGCAAAUCCAUCAUCACCUCUUAACACAUCUUUUCUUUGUUUAUAGUAUAUGUUAACAUGAAACAGCCAGCUUACUGCUUUCACUCCUAGCCUUUUAAUUUAUAUAAGGUGUGAGAAAACGUACCAUUGAACUUCUUAGUACAAUAAUCCUUAAAACCUUUUUCUGUAAACAAACAAUAUCCUAGGAAAUAUAUUUCUGAAUGCUACAUAUUCUUAUCAUGUACUCACUCAAAUAAUCAAGUUUGUCUGUUUCUUUGUAUUUGCAUUUAGCAAGUACAUUGCUAGUAGGUUUUGCAUUCUUUGUAAAUACAGUAUAGUCCAAUAAAUGGAUUAUUGAACUGCAUGUUUUUCCUGUUUUAUUUAUUUAGUUGUACAUUUCUCUUCAUUGUAUAUAAUUAUUUCUGUUGUCGCUGUGAUAACAAAACCUUGUAUCUCCAAGAUGGCAUCUUUAAAGUAAAAGGAACAAACAUUCCUAACUGUAAUGUUUGUCCAUGUAUUGUAAUUUUAUGAAUUGCAAGCUUUCAUAAGUAAGUAGUUACCAUGACUUUAUGGCUCAGACUGAAGUGUCAAACAACAUGAAAAAAUACAAUAAAAAUGCUAAAAAAAAGAAGUGAAAAAUGUGAAUUGAGUUUAUUAGCUGUAAUAUAUUGUAUAGGUUAGCCAAAUGAUGAUAGUCUACACACUCUUUCUGGGCCUUUGAAAACAUAUUAGCAGCUGAAGGAACUUCCAUUUCUUGCUGAAACACUAAUAGUCAGACUCAGAGUUCAGAUAGCAUGCUAAACAACAACACAUUUCAUCACUGUCACUCUUCUAGGGCUGCUGCACUCAGCAAAGUGAUGGACAGCAUUUACAUUGUGUACCUCAUUUCCACAUGAACAAAAUACAGUUGUAUGAAAUAGUUGGGGCACCCACUGGUCAAAUGACAUGUUUUGUUGAUUUUAACACAUCCUCUACAGAGAAAAACAUAAUUACUGUUUUUUGCUGAAUUUAUGCGCAUGUCUGCAGCCAGAUACUAUGGGUGAGGGGAGGGGGGGCUUGGUGGGCUGAGCCCAUCUUCACAAAGUUUCGUUUUCCAAGGAAAACUCAGUGCUAAGGACACCACCACUUCACCAGGCUUUCAUUCUGCAGCACAGAAAACGUUACAGGCUUUCUGUUGGGCUUAAUGGACUCAUCUUUUAAAGGUAGAGAGCAUCUUCGUAGGCACCCAAAACCAGGGAGUUCCAGAAACCAACCUCAGACAGGGACUUCAGUGCCAUCUGACAAGAUAGUUCCUUCAAAGCAUCCAGAGAUAAAUGUUUCUCAGGCUGAGAAUUUCUCCAUGGUACCUUCAAAGAGGAAUACCACUAAAACUGAGCAAUUGUCUACCCAGAUUGGCCCUCACCAAAUCACUGGAUCAGCAAUGAGCUCAUACAGCCUAGCUGGCUUUGCCCAAUCCCACCCAAACUCAGCUGUGCCAACUCAGCUGCGGUUGGUGCUGGUGGGCAGGACAGGGGCAGGGAAGAGUGCUACAGGAAACACCAUCUUGGGUGAAAAAUGUUUCAAAUCUCAACUGAGCAUGAGCUCAGUGACGAAAGAAUGCAAGAAAGAAAGUGCCGUAGUCCAGGGGCAAAGUCUUGCACUUAUUGACACCCCUGGCUGGUUUGACACCUCCCAAAACCAAAAGGAAGUAGAAACAGAAGUAAUAAGGUGUCUGGCCAUGUGUUCGCCUGGACCCCAUGCAUUUCUGCUCAUCAUACCAAUCACUCGCUUCACAGGUGAACAGCAGCAGACUGUUGAAAUGAUUCAGAAAACUUUCCAGAACAUGGCUGACCACACUAUCAUCAUAUUCACCCAUGCAGAUCUGCUGAAAAAGGAAGGGAAGUCCUUUGAGCAGUUCAUAUCAGAGCAGGACAACAGAAUCCAGAAACUUGUUGAACAAUUUGGCAGCCGCUUCUUGGUCUUUAACAAUGACGACCCGGAGAGCCAAGAUCAGGUCACACAGCUUCUGAGGAAGCUGCAUGAAUUACUAGAACAGAACAAGUACCGCCACUUCACCAACCAGGGAACGCAGAUUGUGAAUGAGGCAAUGGCAGCUCUGAAGCUGAAACAAGAGGCAGUGACAGCUGAAUCAAUUAAGAGAGCCAAGCAGUCAGUAAGGCAGAAGGGAGAGGAUCGCAGGGAGAAAAUUUCUAAAGCCUUAGAGAAGGACAGGCAGGAAAUAGAAAGACGCAGACAGCACGUCCAAACCAAGAUUUGUCAGAUAAUAGAGGAGCUAGUAAAAGAAAGCGAAAGCCCAAGUUCAGAUCCACGCAGACUGAAACGUCUCGAAGAAUCUCUUCAACGAGAAAAGGAAAACUUUGUAAAUCUAGAUGAAGAAGAAGAAAAGAGGACAAUGGAAGCUGAAGAAGAAAGGAACGAACUGGAUGUGUGGAUCCAAGAGGAAGAGCAGAGAGUAGAGGAAGCAGAGAAGGAAAAGGCUUCAAAGGAUGAUGGAAGCAGAUGGUAUCAAGAUCCUUUUUAUUUCAGCAUCCUGAAGUACCUUGUUAUUUUUAUGGGAGGGGCUGGGUUUGGGUUUGGGUUUGCACCUAUGGUUUUGGGUUUUAUGGCCCCCGCAGCACCUGUAGGACUGGCAGCAGAGUUAGCCACAUUGGUUGGGCCUGAGCUUGCAGCCGCCCUGACAGCUGCAGUUGGAAAGGCAGCUCCUUUGAUUGCUAGCCAGUGCUCCAUUCAGUAACCCAUGCACAAAUCAGAUCUCCCAACAGUUAAAUUAUAACCAGCGAGGAGGGCCUGGGUUCAAUUCCCCGGCCGGGCGACCAGGGUCCUCUCUGUUUGGAGUUUGCAUGUUCUCCACGGUGUCUGCGUGG